AUGCGCGACGCCAGCAUCAAGUCCUACUCACCCGCCUUCGAGCUGGGCAGCCCCGUGGUCAGCAGCUGCGUCGCCAAGGUCGUCAAGUCCGACAUCCCAGACAUCAAGGAGGGCGACCUGGUGGUGGCCUUUGCGCCCAUCGCCGAGUACGCCGCGCUGUCCAAGGGGCUCAUCGCCGCCACCAACACCCGCAAGCUGCAGAACCCCUACGGCCUCGAGCCCAGCCUGUUCGUCGGCGCCCUGGGCAUGCCGGGCCUGACGGCCUGGUCCUCGCUGUAUAAGAUUGGCCAGCCCAAGAAGGGCGAGACCAUCUUUGUCAGCAGCGCCGCGGGUGCUGUCGGCUCCAUUGUCGGCCAGAUCGCCAAGCACGAGGGCCUGCGGGUCAUUGGCAGCGUCGGGUCGGACGAGAAGGCCGAGUUCGUGCUCAAGGAGCUCGGCUUCGAUGCCGUCACCAACUACAAGAAGGAGUCGACUGCUGAUGCGCUCAAGAGGCUCGCUCCCGAGGGUAUUGAUAUCUACUACGAGAAUGUCGGCGGCGAGAUCCUGGAGGCUGCUCUGGAUGCUCUGAAGACCAACGGGCGCGUCAUCGCAUGUGGAAUGAUCUCGCAAUACAACAUCAAGGAUCGUUCCGAGAGCUACGGUGUCAAGAACCUUGCCAACAUCGUCACCAAGCGGAUCACCUUCCAGGGCUUCAUUGUCGGUGACGAAGGGUUCGGCCCUGCCUAUUACCAGGAGCACCAGACGAAGCUGCAGGGGUGGCUCCACGACGGUACCUUCAAGGCCAAGGUCCACUACACGGAGGGGAUCGACAAUGCCGCCGAGGGCUUCGUGGGCAUGCUCCAGGGCAAGAACUUUGGCAAGGCUGUUUUGAAGAUUGCGGAUGCUUAGAUACCCUUUGUGACUUUGAAAUCGAGGUAAAUGGUAAAUAUCGGUUACGAAAAUAAAAGACAAAAAAGAAAUAAUUAUACAUUUCUCAAAAGAC